UCCCAAAACAAUCCUUCAUUGUGAGUUCUGCAGAGAAAGUAGGGUUUACUCAAUAGAAACAGCGCCGCGCAGCCUCAGUUUUCUGUUGAAGAAGAAGAUGGGUCACUCAAACAUCUGGAACGCUCACCCUAAGAACUAUGGCCCUGGCUCUCGCACCUGCCGUGUGUGUGGCAAUCCUCAUGCAAUUAUUAGAAAGUAUGGUCUCAUGUGCUGCAGACAGUGCUUCCGCAGCAAUGCUAAGGAGAUUGGAUUUAUCAAGUACCGUUAAGUCAUCCAUCAAGUGUGAGUUUCUAUGAGGAUCCCUCAGAGAGGUGCUGGUGGAUAUAUUCAAUUAGAGCUUUUUGAUUCUCGUCUUCUUUCCGUUUAAUGAUGUAAUGGGAUAUUUUGAUUUAUGAAUUGCCAUGUGGACCUAAAGACAGUUUUUAGUCUGAAUCUUUUGCUA